AUGGUAGUUUUUAUUCAGUACUGCCCACAAAAUGCCCCCUUUCGUUGGUCCAAAACCUUCACCCUGUUCUGUCCCAAUUGCAGCCAAAGGGUGACCACCCGUAUAAAGUCGAGGUCCACCACCAAGACGGAUAUCCUAGCUCUGAUGCUGUGCUGCCUCAUUUGUUGGCCCUGUGCCUGCUGCCUCUACUGCACCAAAUUGGCUCGGAACUCUAACCAUUACUGCUGCAAAGCUUUCGUUGGUACCUACAAGCGUUAAGAACCUUUUGGAGACAGUCUUUGCUUUCUUCACUUUUCCGGAAAUAAAUUUCCCCAACUCUAGGGACAUCUUAACUGCUUAAUAUUUUCGUUUAGAAAUUUCAAUCGAUCCUUACAUUGUAACGUUUAUUAACACGCACACUAGGCAGUUUUUUA